AUGAAGCCGAUUUUGCAGAUUAGUUCGGUCUUGCUCUGGUUCUCAGUAGCUCUGAGCCCUGCAUAUUCCAAAGCCAUACCGUACAAGUCAGUAAGAAAGCCGACCAAGACAAUCUACAUUACUAAUCAGAUCAGUGGAAGUCCUCAAUCCGACCUACUCACUAGCCGACAAGACGUUCAGCUGCCUCAAGCAUGUUGGUCUAGCUGUGAGCUAUCAAGUGGGUGUGGCCGAGGUGUCUGCAGCGUUGGCUCUCUGGCAGCCAGGUUGAGCUUUGCUAGGGGCGUGAUUGCCAACGCCUCUGUCGAGAACUCCGAUGUUGAUAAGAACCCUCUGCACAAGAGAACGUUCCGAUAUAGCGCAGACCAGAGAGACCUACCUGUUAAGAAAACCCCACUAAAGAAUAAUCAACCAGUUAUGUAG